CAUUCUUUUCCUGCAGAGUCUUCAGGCAGAGAGGAACAGACCAACGAAAAAUAUGAUUAACAUCAAUAGCCGCCUACAAGAAGUCUUUGGUUGUGCCAUUAAGGCUGCAUAUCCAGAUUUGGAAAAUCCUCCUCUGAUAGUGACACCAAGUCAGCAGCCCAAGUUUGGGGACUAUCAAUGUAACAGUGCUAUGGGUAUUUCUCAGAUGUUCAAAGCCAAGGAACAGAAAGUUAAUCCAAGAGAAAUUGCCGAAAACAUUACCAAACAUCUCCCAGACAGUGAAUGUAUUGAAAAAGUUGAAAUUGCUGGUCCUGGUUUUAUUAAUGUCCACAUGAGAAAGGAUUUUGUGUCAGAACAGCUGACUAAUCUCCUGGUGAAUGGAGUUCAACUACCUGCUCUUGGAGAGAAUAAAAAGGUAUAUGUACAGUCUUCUGUUGAUUCGUUUCUAAUGGAACAUAAUUCUUCUAAUUUAAACAUCUUUGUAAUUUUUUUAAAUGAUUUUAUAUUCUCUGAUAUUAGGUUAAAUCAUGUAGGAGAUUGGGGCACCCAGUUUGGCAUGCUCAUCGCUCACCUGCAAGAUAAAUUUCCAGAUUAUCUAACAGUUUCACCUCCUAUUGGGGACCUUCAGGCCUUCUAUAAGGAAUCUAAGAAGAGGUUUGAUACUGAGGAGGAAUUUAAGAAGCGAGCAUAUCAGUGUGUAGUUCUGCUCCAGAGUAAAAAUCCAGAUAUUAUAAAAGCUUGGAAGCUUAUAUGUGAUGUCUCCCGCCAAGAGUUUAAUAAAAUCUACGAUGCAUUGGACAUCUCUUUAAUAGAGAGAGGGGAAUCGUUCUAUCAAGAUAGGAUGGAUGAUGUUGUAAAGGAAUUUGAAAAUAAAGGAUUUGUGCAAGUGGAUGAUGGCAGAAAGAUUGUGUUUGUCCCAGGGUGUUCCAUACCGUUAACCAUAGUAAAAUCAGAUGGAGGGUAUACCUAUGAUACAUCUGACCUGGCUGCUAUUAAGCAAAGACUAUUUGAGGAAAAAGCAGAUAUGAUUAUCUAUGUGGUGGACAGUGGACAAUCUGUGCAUUUCCAGACAAUAUUUGCUGCUGCUCAGAUGAUUGGUUGGUAUGACCCUAAAGUAACUCGAGUGACCCAUGCUGGAUUUGGUGUGGUGCUAGGGGAAGACAAGAAGAAGUUUAAAACACGUUCAGGUGAAACAGUACGCCUCAUAGACCUUCUGGAAGAAGGACUAAAACGAUCCAUGGACAAAUUGAAGGAAAAAGAAAGAGACAAGGUCUUAACUGCAGAGGAAUUGAAAGCUGCUCAGACAUCCGUUGCUUAUGGCUGUAUCAAAUAUGCCGACCUUUCCCAUAGCCGGUUGAAUGACUACAUCUUCUCCUUUGAUAAGAUGCUGGAUGACAGAGGAAACACAGCUGCUUACUUGUUGUAUGCCUUCACGAGAAUCAGGUCUAUUGCACGCCUGGCCAAUAUCGAUGAAGAGAUGCUCCAGAAAGCUGCUCGAGAGACCAAGAUCAAUUUGGACCACGAGAAGGAAUGGAAACUAGGCCGGUGCAUUUUACGAUUCCCUGAGAUUGUGCAAAAAAUUUUAGAUGACUUAUUUCUCCACACUCUCUGUGAUUACAUUUAUGAGUUGGCAACUACUUUCACAGAGUUCUACGAUAGCUGCUACUGUGUGGAGAAAGACCGACAGACUGGAAAAAUACUGAAGGUCAACAUGGGGCGUAUGCUGCUGUGUGAAGCAGUAGCUGCUGUCAUGGCCAAGGGAUUUGAUAUCCUGGGAAUAAAACCUGUCCAAAGGAUGUAGUCCUUCGGUUUAAACAACUUGUGUUGUUACCAAAGUGGCCAUUAGCACUGUUUGCUUUUUUACAAUCAUGUGGAUACAAAAACAAGUAAAGAAAAUUUGUCAACUA